AUGGGUGCUCUAGGAGCGAUAGUGUUGGCCAUCCUUGUACGGAUGGCAGUGGGAAAUACGAUGGAGGUGCACGUUAAACAACCGAACGCCGAAGUGUACCAUAGGCAGGACAUGAAGCGGGGUGAAUUUGACUACGGGUACCACGUGCAGUCGGUUAACAACCAGUUCCAGCACAAGGUAAAGGGUCCGGACGAUGUGACGUACGGUUGCUAUGGUUAUGUGGAUCCCUCGAAUCGUAAACAUCUCGUGUACUACGUCGCGGAUCGGAUGGGCUAUCGGAUCAUCUUCCCGAACCGUGCAACAAAGAUCUUUACCGCGAAACUUUCGGACAGUUUAAACAAGCUGGAUGGCGCGGUUAAGGGCAAAGACUACGACGAGAAGGUUGUCCAAUGGAAUGAUCUAUACAUGCCCGAGUCAUGCUUCCGACUGCAUGAAAUUUUAGAACCUGCCGCUAGCAAUCAGUCACCUGCACAAGUUGUUCCAACUCAAGUUCCAGCGACGUCCCAAGUGCCAGUUCAGCCUCUUCCAACAAAAACAGUCCAAACAAGCGGACCAGGGUUGCCGCAACCUACGCAAUAUACGGUUCCGACUACACCUCGCACCUUGGUUGAUCAGACAGGAGGCAGUUCUGUGGAUAAUGCUAAUUAUGAUGAUUACGGGCAACCACAACCUUCAUACGACCGUAUCUACGUACAUAACCAUGGACAGAGGCGUCUGGAUGAAGACUUCCCUGACCAAAACCAGGCUGGGGUACAACAGCAGCGCCCACAACAGCCACCACAAACCUGGCAAGGCUCACUGCCGGACAUCAACCCGGCAAACAUAAACCUGGACCAGUUCAAUGGACAUGUGUAUCCCAUUCACACUGCUAGCUACGAACUCGAAGGAGGCGUAAAGACAACGACAGGACAAUUUUCUGCCUCCCAGUACAACCUGAACAUUACGCAGCUUCUCGCCCAGAUUGAAGCGGUCAAUUCUCAGGUUAUCACGCUAAACAUGCUGCUGGCGGGUAUGGCGAAUAAUCCAACGGCCUACAGUAAUGCCAACGAGAACAGUUGUCGCAGUGUUGUUCAACUGCUAACGACCCAGAAACGCACUCCUCAGCUUGUCUACGUACCGAUCCUAAUCCCUUACACCGAAGGUCAGUACAACAUUAACCAACCGAUCACACCGGUGCGCUCGGACGCCUACCGAGGUCAACAACAUUCGAACCAGGGCUGA